UUGCAUGUGUGUGUGAGUCGCAGUGAAAGAUAAGGGAACCGGCAUCUGCGCGUGUGUGGAGGUGAAGAGCAUUGCGUCAUCGGAGGUGUGUUGAGCGGGAGGUGGGCCGAGCCGGCUGUCAGUCAGUGACGCGGGGGACACGUGUGACGGUCAUGACUGGGAAGAUGCUGCGCCGCGGCUCUUCCGCUGCAGGCGAGGAGCUCUAGGAGGCAGCUCACUCUCUGGAUGUCGCAGGAAGUGUGUGUGAGCGUGUGUGUGAGCUGCAAUCGGAGCUUCUGCUACUGCUUGUGGUCAAUAAUGCAAACACAAGGAGGGCAAUUAUUUGGGGGGGAUAGUGUGCAGGAAGCCAGAUGAAUAAUGCAUCCAGUUUGUGCUGGAACCUGUAGCUGCUGAUUGGGACGCCAGCUUGACCGGCUUCAACGCCGUUCUUCCUGCCAGAUUUCUUCUAACUGAUGGGACUCCUAUAACUCCAAAAUGUCUCACUAUCAUUUCAUCAAAUGCUGCUGUUUCCAGCUAUGUAACGCCUUCCGUCAGAACAUGGAGAUCGACCAGUGUCUGCUGGAGUCUCUGCCCAUCGGCCAGCGCCAGCGUCUGGUCAAGAGAAUGCGUUGCGACCAAAUAAGGGCGUACUACGAACGGGAGAAGAGCCUCCAGCAACGUCAGCAAGGUGGAAUCAAGGUGCGAGCUUUGCCGACCGCCCAACGCAAGAAACAACAAGUCCGCUUCAGCCUUGCCGACAUCCUCCAGGAUGCCAUCAUUCGCCACGAUGACAAAGAAGUGCUGCGUCUCCUGAAGGAAGGAGCCGAUCCCAACGCUCCCAUCUCCUCUGGAGGAUCUUUGUUACACUUGUGCGCUCGUCACGACAACGUGCUGGCGGCGGAGGUGCUGAUAGAGCGGGGUUUGAACGUCAACCUGCAGGACGAAGACCUGUGGACGGCGCUGCAUGUAGCAUGUGUGUGCGACCACGCCGACAUGGUGCUGCUUUUUCUUCUGGCCGGGGUGAACUCGUUGCUGCAGGAUGUUGACGGGAACGUUCCUCUGGACUACGCCCCUGAGGGAACAGAGAGCCGCUAUAUUCUGCAAAAACACCUGGAGGAAAACGGUGUGGAUGUGUCUUCUAUGCGCACCAUGAGGACACAGAGGCCCAAUACUAUGCUAUCUGACAUUAGACAGCUUGUAGCUGCAGGGGCAGACCUCAAUCAGCCCAAUGACGACGGGGUCACCUUGCUUCACAUAGCAAGUGCCAGUGGCUAUCGGGACGUUGUGGCUGUGCUGUUGGAGAACGGGGCAGAUCCUCAUCCUGUGGCCCACAACUUUUGGACACCUCUCCACCUGGCAGCUAAAUAUGGGCAGACGAGCAUCGUUAGUCAACUCCUGAGGCAUGGAGCCAAUCCUACACUGUUAAACUGCAACCAAGACAAGCCCUCAGGCGUUGCCGCAUCAGAGCACAUAGCUGAUUUACUGCUGAGCGGUGAAGCCUGCUGGCUGCAAAGGCUGAAGGACCCCUCCACCCCUCUGCUCUCCACGGACCAACACUAUGAUGGUGGAUCACAUGACCUCAAAGCCCCUGUGAAAAACCUGAAUCCUCUGGGCAUCCCAAUCUCGAAACGGGACAGCAUGCUAGAGAAGUGGGCCAUGUUUCGAGAAGCGGGCGGGGCACUCAGCCGGCAGCCGUCGCUGGAUAACAUCCUGGAUGGCCCGUUCAGCUCAGGAACAACCAAACUGGAACAGGUGAAGCUGAUGCCUCCAGCACCCAACGAUGACCUGGCGUCCCUCAGCGAGCUAACCGACCGCAGCCUGCUCUACGAGAUGCAGAAGCGUUUUGGCAACGACCAAAUAUAUACUUACAUUGGACACAUUCUUUUGCUGGUCAACCCAAACAAAGAGCUGCCCAUCUACUCCACUUUGGUGAGUCAGUUGUACCUGAGCUCCACGGGCCGCCUAUGCUCCUCUCUUCCCCCUCACAUCUUUUCCUCGACGGAGCGAGCUUACCACAUGAUGCUCCAGGAGAGACGACCCCAAUGUUUCAUCCUGAGUGGCGAAAGUGGUUCAGGGAAAACGGAGGCCUGUAAGCACAUCGUGCGACACCUGACAGCCAGAUCCAGCCCUAAAGGCUUCGCGUUGGAAUCCAGAAUGAAACACGUGAAUUGUAUUCUGGAGGCUUUGGGGCACGCAAGGACAGAGAAGAACAACAACUCCAGUCGUUUUAUCAAGCUGUUGACCAUCCAGUAUUGUGAGAAGAGGAGAACGCUGCUUAGAGCACGCGUGUACACGUACAUGCUAGAGAAGUCUCGAGUGGUCCAGUGUCCUCUUCACCAACACAACUUCAACAUCUUCUACCUGAUGGCCGAGGGCCUGUCACCUGAAGAGAAGAGCCCACUUUACCUCAGUAACAUCUUGGCUCAUAAGUAUCUUAGUGGAGGACUACCCAGGGGGAGCCCUCCUGUGGCUCCAGCAUCUCCGGAAAGCAGGGAGCGUCUUGCCGCUCUUAAGCAAGCCUUUCAAGCUGUGGGCUUCAACAAGCAGGAAGUGGAUUCCGUGUUCAUGUUGCUCUCCGCCGUGCUCCAUAUCGGGGAUCUGCGUUUCACUGCGCUGACAGACGCCAAUAGCGCCUUCCCUUCUGACCUGCAGCUGCUUGAGAGAGUGGCCGGAAUGCUGCAGGUGUCUUGCAGUGACUUAAGCAGCGCCCUCACCUCUGAUGUUCAGUACUUUAAAGGUGAUGUGAUCACACGACGCCACACGGUGGAAAUGGCCCAGCAGUACAGGGACCAACUGGCCAAGGCCAUCUACGGACGACUCUUCAGCUACCUGGUCAACUGCAUCAACGACUACCUGCAAGGACACGACGACAGUGUUUGUGACCCUGCCUUUGAAAUUGCAAUCCUGGAUGUCUUUGGUUUUGAAGAAUUUCAGAGGAAUAGAUAUGAACAGCUGUGUGUCAACAUGACCAACGAGCGGCUGAGGCGCUACGUCUCCGAGGUGCUAUUCCAGCAGGAGCAGGCUGAGUGUCUACAGGAGGGCAUCGCCAUGGAGACCUCGCCAUCCCCCAGCAACCGUCCAUCUACUCUGGACUUUUUUCUCCAGCAGAAGCCUCAAGGACUGCUCAGCGUAUUGGACGAGGAGAGUCAGAGUCUUUGGCCGACGGAGCAGAACCUCUACAAGAGGCUUUCCGGCCAGCUGGAGUCCAACCCGACGCACGGCCUCUCCUUCACCACCAAAGAUGGCAACGGAAACCCCCCGCCCAAAGAUCAAGGCCCCACCUUUACUGUCCGCCAUUAUACAGGACAGAUUGCCUAUGACCUCACAGGAUCGCUCAUAAAAAACAAGGACUCCCUUCCUCAGAACAUCUUGUUUACGAUGAAGUCCAGCGAGAGCGUGUUGCUGCGGCAGCUCUUCCUAGCCAAGUUGACUCAGACCGGUUCUCUGGUCCCAGCGACCCGGGGCCGGGUCGGGCUCAGGGGGUCCAAAGCUUCUCUGCUGAUCAACAGUACACCACCACCACCACCACCUAACCUGGCCAGCACGCCUCCCCAACCCCACCGGCGGUACCAUGACCUCACCAAGAUCUUGAAGAAGAAAGGCUCCAGCUCCUUCCUUCAACGAUUAGAGCGCUGCGGUCCCUUCACAGUGGCGGUCCAGCUGAGGAACUCACUGUCGGAGGUGAUCAACAAGCUGCAGGCUUCCACGGCCCAUUUUGUGGAAUGUCUGCGCCCCAAUGCCAGCGGUCAGGCUGACACCUUCGACAGCUCCCACGUGUCUGCCCAGUUGCGCCAUGUCGCCGUGCUCGACAUGGUGCGCUCUAUCCGUUACGGCUACCCCGUUCGCCUGUCCUUUCCUGGAUUCCUCAGCAGAUACAAAGAUCUCGUUGUGCCAACGCUGGGCGACAAGAGGAAAUUGUCAGCGGAGGAGAAGUGUCGCUGUGUACUGCAACAGACCAAACUGCAGGGAUGGCAGAUGGGCAGCAGUAAAGUGUUUCUCAAGUACUGGCAGGCAGACCAGCUCAACGACCGCUGCUACCAGCUGCAUAAAAAGAUCAUCACCUGCCAGAAAGUGGUACGUGGUUGGCUAGUCCGACGACGCGUCCGGCGGCGGUUGUCUUCGCGGCACAAGGACGAGGGCAGCGUGCGUCGCUUCCUACAGGGGGCGGAAGACAUGGGGCUACGGACUUACGACUACCUCGUCAUACAGAACGCAUCUGACAUCGCGCGGGAGAGUGACCGCCUGCGCUGCCACGGCAACAGCGGCCUCAUCCUCGCCACCGCCCUUGGCAGCAGUCCGCCACUCGGGGAGAGGCCCGACCCUGUUGGCAAGGAGGAGGAGCAACCGGUUAAAAGGGUUAUGGAAAAAGUUGGAAAAGUCCACGAAGGUGCUGGGAACGGGGGAAGUCGAGUCAUUCGGCACUUUCGAUCCAGCUCGGUGCCACUCCCCCUGGCUAUGGAGAAUACAACACACUCCACCAGCGGCCCGGCAGUCAAACCAGCGCUGCAGCAAGUAGCUCACACCAACAUGGACAAUAUCGGUUGUUGUGCCACUUCCUCGCCUCGUAAGCAACCUCCCCCCAAACCAAAAAGGGACCCCAACACGCGCCUGAGCGCGUCGUACGAGGUGGUUAGUGCCGGUUUGGUGAUGGCGGUCAAGGAGAGUCCCACUCCAGAAGGCUACGCUUCACCAGCUGGGAGUCCCCCCAAAUCCCAGCUGUCUCCAACAGACCCCGCAGGUUCUAAGCCCCGCCCCCACAGCGAUGACUACACCACCAUGAGGAAGGUGCCCCCGCCCAAGCCUAAGCGCAGUCCCAACACCAAGCUGACGGGCUCGUACGAGGAGAUCAACGCCGUGGCGCCCCUCCUCCACCAGCUUCGCCCCGCUGACGUCAAGACAGCGCUGCUGUCGCGCACCAGCGGCAUGAUGCAGAAAGCGGCCUCCCUAGAUGCCCCACAGGGCUUUGCGCUAAGUCCCUACCAGGUCCAGGACGAAGAGGACAUCUACAUUGAGAUGCUUGGCUCUCACCCCCGAGCUCGGAGCCUCCAAGAGCCACCCGAUAGUCCGGAAGAAGCGGAUUCAGAGGCCGUCUAUGAGGAGAUGACCUUUUUUCCUCCCGAUGAUGCUGCGCCUCCACCCGCCGCUGUAACCAAACCAACCAAGCUGGAGGUUCUCAACUUGGGCCUCUUUACAUCCGGCAUGUGUCGCCCUCAAAGUGAGGAGAAUAAACGAAUGACGUCAGGGGUGAUGGCAGCUCUGGACAUCGCUCACCCAACUAACACGGCGAUCAGCAGCGCUCCCAGGAGUCAGCAUGGGAAAGAUGGCGGCUGUGACAUUCCGGCCCCCUUUCCCAACUUGCUCCCGCAUCGACCACCGCUCCUGGUGUUCCCGCCAUCUCCCGUCACCUGCUCCCCUGCUUCAGACGAGUCUCCCCUCACUCCUUUAGAGGUCAAGAAGCUCCCAGUGUUUGAGACCAAUCUCAACUAUUCUGCAGGUCCGGACAGCCCACUGUCACCUCAAUAUGUGCGCCAGCGGGCCGACUCCUCCCCAAGCCUCACCGUCCUAAUGCCGGAGAAGAAGGCUACCCCUCCACUAACCCCGCCACUUCCUCUUUCUACCACAAGUGGUCCACCUCCUCCAUAUAGACCACCUUCACACUUCCCCUUCCCACCUGACGCCGGCUUCCUCACGCUGACGCGGACCGCUUCUGUCACCCAAUCAGACUCCUCCAAGGCCAUAACGUCACAAAGACCAAGUGUGGAACCACUGGGCAAGCCGCCUCCUUACUCCCCGGGGAAGAUGUGCCGCCCGGAACCUCGAAGGGCUCACUCCUGCUCCUCAUCGCCCUUGUUGUUCAACCCGGCCAAUGGAAGACCCCUCACCAGCCCCCUAGAUGAGCUCAACACCUUGUUCAGCACAGGACGCAGCCUGUUGAGGAAGUCCUCAAUGGGACGCAAGAAGCGAGAUGGAGGUUUUAACUCCAACAUCAAUUUACCUGGCCGGGAAGAGUGUGGCUCCGCCCCAUCCUCGCCAUCACUGCAGCUACAGGACAAGAACGCCAACAAUCAUGCAGUUCACUCAUCAAGCCACGCCCCUAUUGAGAACGGCAACCAGAUCUCCAAUGGUUCACUGGAGGAUGACCGUCACGUCAAGUCAAACAUGUCCACAUCUUCUCUGCAAAGGCACAUGGAUAGUCACCAUAUGCAGGCUUUUCAGAGGCUGCGUCUUACCAACGGGGAUGCGGGCACCACGCUGCGAGAGCUCCUGCAAUGGCGGCAGGCGCACUGUGAGGGGCGGAAGGGUUGGAAACACCGUCCACCGCCUCAGUCUCCCCCAGUGCCGCCCGCACUGCUCAGGUCCAGCAGGAAGAAUUCGCCAUGACGUAGGACGCGAGGAUUCGAGAACACCCGAUGGAGUGGCCUCUGAGCAAAGGACGCCCCCUAACCCUGCCACUUACCAAGCACUUUGUGACUCUAAAGAAAUGCGUGGAAAGCAGACAGCAUUAAGAUUCCCAGGGACAUGUAAAUAUAGACAUAUUUAUUUUAAGAAUCUGGCAUGGUUGGUGUGAGAGGGAAAAGGUCAAAGGUCCAUCCUCCCCCUCCAAAAAAGGUGCUGCUGAUUAUACUUGAUGAGCUUUCCAGCGACUUUUCAAGUUUACACGUCAACCAAGGCCUUUCAACACACUCCAGGUUUCAGAAAACUCUCGCUGAGUAGCCUUGCAUGCCAACAGCGGAUCGGGUGAACCUCAGUAGACUCCAAAGGUGCAUUUCUCUCCGCCGCCGGCCUUUGACAAACGCCUCUGGACGAAUGCAUUCUACUGCACUUUGCUUUGUAGUAAAAAAGAGAUCUGACACGACAGUUAGAAAUACAGCAUGGCAUCACUUGCUCUGUCAGUGCCAAAGUGUCUAUGAUAGCCCUUAGAAUACCCAGCCUGUUCUCAUUCCACAUCCUGUGAGGAACGUGUUGAAAAGUGACUGUGGAAAAGAAGCAGAUGUCCUCGUUUGUACAGAAUCUGCCCCCUGUUACCCUCCGUAGCGGUUGACCCCAACUGACAGACCCGAUUCCCGCCACCCUGCCGCCCUUUGGUGUUUGACCUCCUCCCUCCUUGUUAAUGGCUCCGAGUAGCUGUACGGCUGUUUCCAUGGUAACUGCUGUGUAAAUAGUGAGUGGUGUCCAAGCACAGAGAUGAAACGAUGUUGACCGACAUGAAAGAUUGCCUUGGGUUCGAUGCAAUGACUGAGGUUUGUUUUAAAAAUGUGAAUACCUUGUUUUUAAGAAUGUCGAUGGCAAUGAAAUUGUUUUGAUUCUAUUUAAUAAUGUUUCAUCCCUCCCUUCUCCUGGCCUGCCAUUUUGUUCUAAUAACAAGAUAUGUUUGCAUUACCUUAAUAGGCCUGGUGGUGCUCAAAUAACCGCCCACAUUUUUUGAAGUUGGGUCGGAAUCAUUAGAACCAAAACGUAUCGAUAGCUCGAAAUGAUUUCCUCAUUCCUCGUGAUUGUCCUCAAUAUGUCUGAUUGAUUCGGUGUUACCGAUCAAUUGUGGCUCCAUUCAAAAGAACUCGAUUUUCGCCUCAAAAUAAACAACUGAAAGUGCUUCUGAUAGCAAAAUAAUUUACAAAUAUACAACUCCAUGAAUUACGACGUAUUUUCUCACAAUCGUGACAUGCUUUCUAUUACCUACCGCAUCACUUACUUUCUUGGCAGACAGUCAACAUUUGGAUUCCAGUUGACAAAGUAACCCCCACACGAAUUGAUCAAAGAAGAAGAAUGUGACGCAACAAAAGAAAAGGACAGCCGUGAAGAACAUUUUGUCAUCACUUUUCCUCGAACAAGACAAGUUCCCACCAUUCCAAUCUUGUCAUCUUGCCAGAGUGGACGAUUCUCUAUCGACCAAUUAACGGACAGCAAUGUGUAAUCAUUCUUUUUAUCCACACCUACACACUGAUAAUCGAGUAACCGAUUUAUGGUAGCGUUAACUCAUCAGUAGGAGUAGGUUUUAGCCAAUGCUCUCUUCAUUCUUCCUUUUCAGAUUUGCAGGAAAUGUAGAAUCUGUCCAAGCAAACUCAUGGCGUGAACACUGGUCAUCCAUUUUCCACUGCUUAUCCUGUUCAAGCGACUCUGGAGGCAAAAAGGUGGACAACAUCCGCCAUACACACCCAUCCCUCCAUUUUCUCCAACACUUUAGAUUUGUCAGCAGUCAGUUAGUGAGUCUAUAGAAACAACCAUUCACAUUUCAACCUGUUGGUCACUGAGCGAUAAUCAAUUCAAUAGUGGUUGCACAAAAGGCAGCAGCUGUGUAGUAUUGCGCUAGCACUGAUCUCCCUUUUUCCAGCGAUGAAGAAAGAUGGGUGUAGCGUAUCAAAAUGUACUGAAAACAGUUUGACAAACAUUAAGAGCAACAGUAAGGUCAGUUGGAGGUUGCUAUGGUUAGACCGGCAUUAUUAUUAUUAUUAUUACUACCAUUACUAGUGUUUGUAUGACCACACGUCAAGCAGAUAAAGGCCCAGCUGUUAAAACAUGCUAAAAAGAUUAGACAUUAUACAUGGCCGACUGCUUCCCAUCACACUUGUGAAUCACCUCGCUGUCUCAUACCUCGUCAUCCAUCUACAGUACAAGCCGCCCACACACACACACAUCUCUUUGUGUCAGCCAAAAUGUUGCCAGAUUAAUUAAUUGGGCAUCAGUGUAUAUCUUUGGUGCUACAUCCAUUUCACAUUUUUUCCGUCAUUUUUUUUUUAGAACUCCAAUCCAGCUGUGCACUAUUGUUUUGACAUAUAAAGAGCAAUGUGUGUCAUUGUUUAGAUUUUUUUUUAUACUGUAUUUUUUACAUAAUUUAUAACAAAUCCUAAAAUGCAUUCAUGUGUUUGUGUGUGGGAGGGAGAUUGUAUUAUUGUUAAAUGUUUAUUAUGUUUAUAAAUACUGUACAGCAAUAAAGCACAACUGUGUCAGUGCUAGCCUA